CGUCCAGCUUCUCGUUCAUGGCCGACGUUGCCAUCGUUUGCAGAUGGUGAGAAAUCCAACUUUACCCUCUGUACUAGCGACGUCAAGUGUGAACGUCCAAGACGACGCAGCGCCGCUCAUUACUCCGUCAGCUGCAAUGUCCCAUUCAGUCAUUAUUCUCCAUCAACCCAUCAGCUGCAAUGCCUGGUACACUCAUUAGUACUCAAUCAAUCCAUCAGCUGCUCCAUAGCACCAGCACCUCCGUCUGGAUCCCCAUUUUGCUCCACCCAGCAGAUCUAGCAUUGCCACUUGCAACUCCUCCAGCAGAGCCAGAGGGACGAGGGCCAUGGAGGCCACAGCGGUGAGCAUGGGCAAGGCCGUGCUCGAUGGCGCGCUCGGCUACGCCAAGUCCAAGGCGGCCGAGGAAAUCGCCCUGCAGCUUGGCGUCGAGUCCGAUGUGAAGUUCAUCAGGGAUGAGCUGCAGAUGAUGCAGUCCUUCCUGAUGAUGGCUGAUGAAGACCAAAGCCAGAACAAGGUGCUUAUGACCUGGGCGAAACAGAUCGGGGCACUGGCCUACAAAGUGGAGGACAGCCUCAUGGAUUUCGGCCUUCACUCGGAGAAAAAGCCUUUUUUGGGGUGCGUCCCGCGCAGCCCAGGUGACCGGCGCCGCAUCGCCAAGGAGUUGAAGCAGCUGAGGGUUGAGGUGGAGGAUGUGAGCAACAGGAACCUGCGCUAUCGCCUCAUCAAGGACAGCUCAGGUUCCAAGCCUACCGUGGCAGAGGAGCAGGCCAGCAUCGCCACUGCAGCAAUGUUCGGCAUCAACGAAGCAAGGCUUGCAGCCUUGGAGCACAAAGAAUCAACAGAGGUGAAUCUCAAAGAGCUGAUUACCAGCAAUAUGGUGGAUCCUAGAGUGAUCUUCAUGUGGGGACCUAGCGGUGAUCUCGGGAACACAUCUGCCAUCCAGGAGGUUUAUGAUGACCCAAAGGUAUUGGAAAGGUUUGGAUUCUGUGCUUGGAUUAGGUUGAUGCAUCCUUUCAAUCCACAAGAGUUCCUCAGAAGCUUGGUAAGGCAAUUUUAUGAAAAUUCACAUGAUGACGCUGGAAAGGCGGAACAAGAAACAAGUGUCGGGGCUAAUGUUCUGGCCAUCAUGGAGAAGAUGGAUCAAAGUGAUUUAGUUAAUGUGUUUAAUAAGGAGGUGUGUAGCAAUAGCUACCUGGUUGUCAUAAAUGGCCUAUCCACGAUAGAAGAGUGGCAUUGCAUUAAGAAGUACUUUCCUGACAGCAAGAAAAAAAGUAGGAUAGUCGUUUCCGCGCAGAAAGCUGAAAUUGCAAGAUUGUGCACAGAGAAACCGUACCAGGUUUCGAAGUUGUCAUGUGAUGAAACUAUUUAUAUUUUCCACAAGGUCAGCAUGGGCAGUGUUAGUGUGCCAUUGCUUGACGCCAACAACAAAUCAAGGCGUGCUGUUGUGGAGGAUAAACUGACGGAUAUGCAUGUAUCUUCUUCCGUCAAGCCCACUUCCGACUCAAACAAAGUUACUACUAUUGAGAAAAACACAGGAAUGCUCACCACUGAAAUAGAGGAGGGAUCCCAAGAACCUAAUGCAGGCGAAGAAAAAGUUCAUAACUCGACUAUUAGUAAGAAGCUUGAUCCCUGCAGGACACUGACACUGACUGAUGAAGUGUUCUGUGGGCGAGAAAAAGAAAAAUCUGAUAUUAUCAGAUUAGUUGGCCAACCAGAUGACAGUAAAGGCUCUAAGGUGAUCUCUGUUUGGGGAAUGGGGGGCCUUGGAAAAACCACUCUUGUCCGAAGCAUCUACCGAAGCCAGCAGCUUGGUGGCUGGAAGCGUGCUUGGACCACUGCAUUGCGUCCUUUUAACCCUGAAGUACUCCUUAGGGAUUUGGCUUUGCAGCUUCAGAAGAGUAUUCAAAAAGAUAAUGCUGGAUCAGGAGGAGCUGAAGGACAAAACAAAAGCAUACCAGAGAUGAAUCUUAAAGAGUUGAAGGAUGAGCUAGCUCGGUUACUAAAAACUAAAAGGUGCCUUGUUGUUGUUGAUGAUAUAUUAUCCACUUCUGAAUGGAAUUUGGUCAAACCGUGUUUACAUGAUGCUGGAAUGAUCAUAGUCACCACAAGAGAAAAAAAUAUUGCCAUACAUUGUUCAAAAGAAGACAAGAACAUGUACAAACUUGAAGGUCUGGAUAAUGAUGUUGCACUUGACCUCUUCAAAAAGAAGGUAUUCAGGGACAAUGUUGAAGAAAUUUAUUUAGGCCGAGCUAUGAUGGAGCAAGCAAGACUUACUCUGCAGAAAUGUGGUGGACUACCCCUUGCAAUAUCGACUAUUGGUGGAUUCCUAGCCACUAAGCCAAAAACUGCUACUGAAUGGAGGAAGAUGAAUGAACGUAUUGGCACUGAAUUGGAGAUGAAUCCUGAACUUAAGACAAUAAAGACAAUUCUUAUGAGGAGCUAUGAUUGUUUGCCGUACUAUCUCAAGUCUGCUUUCUUAUACCUGUCUAUAUUUCCAGAAGACCACAAGAUUAGGUGGGGUCGCUUGAUGAGGCGGUGGAUUGCAGAGGGUUACUCAAGGGAUAUACAUGGCAUGACUGCAGUUGAACUUUGUCGGAGGUACUUUGAUGAGCUCUUGAAUAGGAGUAUGAUCCUGCCAGGGGAAGGAACAGACCAAUACAGUCGGAAAAUCAAUUCCUGCCAACUUCAUGAUAUGAUCCGUGAAAUAUGCAUCUCAAAGGCGAGGGAGGAAAACCUUGUUUUGACGCUGGAGGAAGGAUGUUGUUUGAGUGACACACAAGGUGCAAUACGUCAUCUUGUCAUUGGCAGCAACUGGAAAAGGGAUAAAGAUGUGCUGGAGAGCAAACUAGACUUGUCACAUGUACGGUCAUUGACCGUGUUCGGAGAGUGGAGAUCGUUUUUCAUCUCUGACAAUAUGAGGUUCCUCCGAGUGCUUGACUUAGAAGACACACUAGAGUUAAAAGAUAAUCAUCUUGCUGAUAUUGGGCAGCUCCGUCAUCUCAAGUAUCUUUCUCUUCGAGGAUGUCGGAACAUUUUAUACCUGCCUAAUUCUUUGCGAAAUUUGAGGCACCUUGAAAUGCUGGAUGUUAGAGGUACACUUAUAUAUGAGUUGCCAACAACAAUCACCAAUCUUCGGAAGCUACAACACCUUCGGGCAGAUGGUUAUUGGGACCGUAAAGGUGGUGUCAAGAGAGAGGAUGACAUAGUUGAUAAGUUUGAAGAUUACAUUAAUCGUACUUUGCUGUCCAGAGGUCAUGUUUUCUUGAGACCACAAGUUAUAGAUGCCGGUUUGAAUAGGUAUGAUAUAUUCAAUCUAUACCGCUUCCAGGAGAGGAAGCUAGAUGGCGUUAUACUUCCUAGAGGGAUUGGCAAAUUGAAGGCCCUUCACUCACUAGGUGUUGUUGAUGUUUCCGGGAGAAAUGGAAAUGCCACUGUAAAAGAGAUUGGAGAGCUUACUCAGCUACGUAAGCUUAAAGUGGGUGGUCUGAGCUACAGAAACAUCAGUGAGUUAUGGUCUGCCAUUGCUGGUCAUAAUCAACUUCAAUCUUUGUCAGUUGAAAUAGGUGACAACCGUGAAAAGAGGAAUGAGUUAGAUGGCUGUUUGGGUGAGGGUUUGUUGCCACCAAACAGCCUUGAGAGUCUCACUCUGUAUGGGAAGCUAGUCAAUGUAACAGAAUGGAUCAAUAAGCUUCAGAAUCUCACCAAGUUGGUGCUGAAGUGGAGCAGAUUGAAGCAAGAUGAUGCCAUACAAGCCCUCUGGGUGCUACCAAAUCUUGCAGUUCUACGUUUGAGGACGGUUUCGUUCGAUGGGACACAGCUGCAUUUCCAUAGCUCAUCUUUCCCGAGUCUUAUGGUGCUGGAGUUGGAUUGGUUAGACAACCUCGAGUCGGCGCUGUUUGAAAAAGACGCAAUGCCUAAGCUCGAGCUGCUACAAGUUGAUUGGUGCGAAAAGCUGAAAGCAUUCUCAUGGCUGCCAGUCCUCACAAGCCUCAAGGAAAUUCGGUUGGGUAGCUUUGGUCUCAGUGAAACAUUGAAGGCAUCGGUGCAGAGUCAGAUUCCAUCGGAGACCAAAGAUUGGUGCGUGCACUCGCAGAUGAACUGGACGACAAUGGCCACUUUGAAGCAAAUGACGAGGAGGGAGAGGGCAAAGCUUUCCCCCCACCCGCACAACCGAUGCACAAGGUCGAGAUCCUCCUCUGGGCGAUGGAGCAGGCCGAUUCGUCCAGCCCGUGGACCAGGCGUAGGUGGUGGGCGUUCAGAUCCAGGGUAGAGCAUCCACUGGAUCAGGAACCCACGGUGCACGAGGUGCCAUUGCAGAUUGUGGAGCCUCCAACCGAGUCGGAGAUGACUCCGAAGCACAAGAGGAGGAGGACAGUGGUCGCGACAUCGCUUCCCCGCCGUUCUCCACGCUUCCCUCGCCGCUCUCCUCGUCUGAACGGCGGCCGUAGCUAUGUUUAGGGUGAGAUUGCUGAAUUUCAUUCAUCAUUACUUGCCACUUGCUUAAUUUGAUUCUCUGCAAUAUGUUCUUGCUACAUGUGUACUUGAAUCCGUAGCCUCUGGAUGGCAGCUUAGUUUGAUCGACGAGGCUGUAAUGAGUCUAGGCAUAUAGCAUUGCUAUGUUUACUUGCUACGUUUUGAUGUGCUGGAGUUGUAUCCAUGAUAGAAAAUUUUGUCUGUCACCUCAA